CAGCUGUCUGCUGAAUGCAACCAUUGAAAAUGCACCGCGUAAGAUCAUAAAUAUCUAUAGAGUGUGUCUGCAUUCGUGAUUCUUUAUUGUGUGCUUACGUGCAGUCCUCUCUGGUGCACGCACACUCACGGUACGUGAAUCUGUCAUUCAUUAUCACCCUGCGACAAGAACCGAUAGAAAAAUGUUCGGUUGUUGUUGGUGUUGUUCCGCAUUACGUCCGAGAUACAAGAGGCUCGUUGACAAUAUCUUUCCGGUCAAUCCACAGGAUGGUCUAAUUAAAAAUAACAUGGAGAAAUUGACAUUCUACUCAUUGAGUAGCCCUGAAAAGUUAGACAGGAUUGGAGAAUAUCUGUUCCAACGAGCUUCUAGAGAUAUUUACAGGAGACGAAAUGGCUUUGUUGUAAUUGCUAUGGAGGCAAUGGACCAGCUGUUGGUAGCCUGUCAUGCACAAACUUUGAAUCUGUUUGUUGAGAGUUUCCUAAAGAUGGUACAGAAACUAUUGGAAUCAACAGACCCUCAGCUACAAAUUCUAGCAACACAGUCUUUUGUCAGAUUUGCCAAUAUUGAGGAGGACACACCCUCUUAUCAUACACGCUAUGAUUUUUUUGUAUCUAAAUAUUCUGCCAUGUGCCAUUCUAAUAAUGAUGACCCCGCCAUACGUAAGCAGAUUAGGCUUGCUGGAAUUCAAGGACUACAAGGUGUUGUAAGAAAAACUCUUUCUGAUGAUCUCGUUGAGAAUAUCUGGGAACCUGUGCAUAUGGAUAAGAUUGUACCAUCUUUGCUGUAUAACAUGCAAAAUUCGAGAUAUGCCGAUAAAGAACAAGCGACACCGGACAGCCCGACUGAGGAACGAUCGGAUCCGCCGCAGUUUGCGGAGACUUGCAUGCGAGAACUAAUUGGACGCGCAUCGUUCGGUCAUAUUAGAUGUGUCAUAAGACCUGUGUUGAGACAUUUGGAUAACCAUCAGUUGUGGGUUCCCAAUUACUUCGCGAUUCAUACCUUCAGAAUAAUUAUGUUUUCUAUUCAGUCACAAUAUUCGUACACUGUAGUAGAAGCCUUAAUGACGCAUCUCGACGAUCAUUCGAAGUCGUCUCCAAAAAUUCGUACCAGCAUAGCGGACACCUUAUCUAAGAUUAUAUCAAUCGCCGCGGGUGAAAGCGUAGGGCCAUCCGUGUUGGAGAUUAUAAACUCCUUGUUGUCUCACUUGCGGGUUAGUGUAACGAGAAACCAAUCGUCAAGCAGUGAUGAGCAACUGUAUCAGGAAGCCCUGAUCAACGCCCUCGGAGAGUUUGCGAAUCACCUCCCCGAUUACCAGAAAAUUGAAAUCAUGAUGUUCAUCAUGAGCAAAGUUCCGUACAGUCAGCCGGAUCGUAUUGUGUCGGUGGGCAAGGGAGACGUAUUACUCCAGAGCAUACUCUUGAAAUCUCUACUGAAGGUCGGUACCAAAUACCAAACUAUUCACUUGAACACAACAUUCCCGCCGAGUUUCUUAGACCCGUUAUUGAGAAUGUCACUGGCGGCGGACGCUGAAAUGAGACUUCUCGUGCAGAAGAUAUUCCACACUCUAAUCGAUAGACACCGGAAUAUUACGAAACUCGCUAAGCCAACCGUAAACAUAACGGAACUUGACCUCGUCAUCGAAAAAGCAUCCAGACCCGAUGUAAUUUUCAUUCGGAAACACGGUCCUGAGAUUUAUUUAGCGUUGUAUGAAUCAUUAGAGUUGUCUAGUAACAAUGUAGAAAAUGUAGAAUCUAUUUAUACCACAUUGGCAUUACUCGCCAUUGAAUUGGCUUCCGAGGAAACGGUUUUGGAACUAUUGAGAUUGGUACUGAGCCUUCAAGACCUAGCGUUGACAAGUGGUCAGAUCAGUCUCGCGCUUAAAUUCAACUUACACGCCAUUGUUAUCAGUUUAUUGGUUUUAAUCUCGUACGCUUGUAAUAUCACCGCUCUGAUGGAUUACGCGAAGAAGGUGGUAGAGGCACGUCGAAACGAUAGUCCACACUUGCUACCAGACUUACAAUCUCAGUACGACAAGACUCUAACAUCCAGAUUAGUACCGGCUCUUCUGGUCGAUCAAACUGUUGUUAGCGAAUGCCUAAAGGGUGCUGGCCUUGACAGUGGAAAGUUGCAACAAGGUUCCGGUUAUAGCAGCAGUUCCUUGCAACAUAGGCAUUCUUGGGUCGACAGCGCGGGACGAAAUUCAUUGGCUGACAUUAAUUCCGGAGGCCCAGAAUUGGAUAGCGGAGGUUCCUCACCAGGUGUACAAAAGAAAUUGCCUGGAGAAGAGUUAACGUUCGAGAGCAUGAAGAGAAUUUUGACAGAGAAUAACAACAAUCAUAUAGUGGAAGAGGAGAAGCGAAUGCAGCUUUCUCAGUUCUUCAGAAAUGCACCAUUCCAAGACCUAGUGUCAAAAACUCAGCCGAAGCACGAUGUCUUGCAGAGCAAAUUAUCAGAAAUAUUUAACACCUUAUCUGUUGAUCCGCGUAAUGCAGUUCCCACAACUGGACCACAAGCAGAUGCUAAACCAAGUCAAACUCCGGCAUAUGAAAUUCAUUUCCCAGAACUGUUUGUAUAUUAAACAAUCGAUAUUCUUAACAACGUCGCACUACGUUAGAUCUUGUAUAUGUUACAGCAAUAAGCAGAGAGCAAUAGCUUUUACAACUUAGAGAUUUAUUUAUAUGUAUGUAUAUAGACAAUUAUUUAGAAUCUAUACAAAGAAUAUUUUUAUGUUUUAUAUAAUUCUGAUAUAUUUUUUAUUGACGUUAGAAAUUAACUCUGCUUAUUAGCUCUUAAUGAAUAAGUGACAAGUGUAAUACGCAUAAACCAAAGCAAAAUCCAGCAAAUUUGACAAUAGCUUCAGUAUGCAUUUUUAGAUGAUAGGCUAUUUAAAUGUUAUUGUUAUUUAAUCGCAUUAAUUAAAAGGUUAAAAACCUAUAUAUAUAUAUAUAUACAUACAAAGUUAAAUUAUAAUCUGAAGUUAUAUUGUGAAUUUAAAGUUAAAGAAUGUAUAUUCUAUGCUUGUAUAUCUUCCUCACGUAUAUAUACACACAUAUAUAUAGUAUAUUUCGGGGUAGUGUAUCUUAGGGAAAUUCAGCGAAAUAGAUCUGACAGAUUGCACAAUAUAUAUUUAUAGACAUAAAAACUGUUCCAAAUAUUUUGUAAAUAACGUUAUACUUAAAAAAACGUUAUGCUUUAAGAAAAGUUAUAAUGUUUGUCCCUUCUUCUUAUAUUUAAUAAUGUUGAAUAUUAUCUUUGUCAUAUAAUGUAUGUACGGGAAGAAGUAUGUAUGUUUCGUUAUAUAGAGCAAAACAAUUUUUUUUUAAUUUUAUUGUAUUUUAUCCUGUAAAGAUCUCUGUACUAUUACAUUGCCAACGGUGAUCGUUUCUCGAUAUCGUUGACAGUGUUUGUAUAAAAUAACCGAAAGAUCGCUUUAUCAAAUACACAGUGAAUGGAAUGAA